UCAUCUGACCGUCGCUAGGGGAAAACAGGAGGAAGGGUAGCCGAGCAGACUGCUUAAGUCAGAGUCUGCUGCACUGAAGGGGAUAUUUUGGAUUGAAAAUAUCUUAAUUUUCUGUGUUUGAAAAGUUUAUCACUCGGAGCCACUUGCUCGUCGAUAUGAUUGUUUUCAAAUGAAGCUUCAUCAAGUUUUAACCGGAGCCUGCAAUGCUGGGGACAGGUGUUUUGCCGUUGGAAGUGUUGAGGGCAUUCCAUUUGUGACCUAUGCAGCAGGGUCCAAUAUUGUUGUAUUAUCUGUCACAUUUGAGAGGGUGCAAAUCAUUCCUGGGAUUUGUCACCAAAAUGUGCAAAUCAGCUGUAUUGAUUGCAGCACAGACACAGGAAAGAUAGCAGCUGCUUAUGGAAACAAAGUUAAAAUUUUUGAGCCGACACCACUUGUCCAUCACAAUAGUAGCCAUAAGCUGGACUAUCACUGGGUUGAAACUGGCCACAUUCAAACAGAGUAUUUUGUCCGAGCCAUUUCAUGGAAUCUAGAAGGAACUCGCCUACUGCUUGGUGGUCGAUUACUACAGCUAUGGGCCAGCAAAGGAACAAAGGAAAGCCAAGAAGAUAUCUAUUCUAAAAGUCUUCCAAGAAGUGCUACAUUUCAACUGGGUGCUGGCAAUGAUGUUGACUCUGAUGAAGAAGAUAGAGAGGCUGAAGCAAAAGAGUCCACUUCUAAUCAAAGCCCUCACACCGGAGAUGCGAGCGAUAGUUAUGAACUUGCUUGGGAAACACGAACUGCAACUCCCGUUCGGUUAAUGUCUUUUUCUCCUGAUGGAACCCUUUUUGCCACUGCUGGGAUGAACGAUCCUCUUGUUAAAGUGUGGUAUCAAGACAAGCCUUUGCUGUUUCCUUCCAAAAGCAUGGAGCAUUUGGCAGCGUCCUCUCCCACCUGCAUGGACAAUUCGACAAAAUAUGCUUUCGAAUAUCUAGGCCAUCCUGCGUCAGUUGUUUCUGUUGAAUGGAGAAGGACGUCGAAAUACAUGCCGCGAGGGAGUGUCGCAAAUAUGCUGGUCACCAGUUGCGAGGACUCAAUUUGCCGUGUAUGGGUAGAGACCGUGUUGCCAGAAGAUGGUCUAGUCAAUAUGAACAACUUUGAUCCAUUGGCAGCGCAAAACCCUCGAUUCCGAACGCAUCGCCAUAAACAUAAAUUUAUGCAACGUUUAAAACACAUGAGACAUUGCUUUCAACUAAAGAGGCUACUAAAGCAAGAAAACGGCGGAAAGUCACCCAAGAAGGGAAAUAAAGCCAUGACAAUACCCACACUUUUUUCUUCAUAUUCAGUGCAUGACUAUCAUAGCUACGGUAUUCACGGUACUGGUCAAGCAAACGGUUUACAUUUUCAUUUGGCUGCGACAAUCAAUGCACAGACAGAUAUUCCUCUGGUUCCAAGUUUAGGAGGAACAGCAAGUGACAAAGGAUUUGUUGUUCAUUGGCUCAACAACAAAGAAAUGCACUUUACUCUUCAAGCUGAGUACAUCCUUCAGGAACUUAGUAAGAAAGCGGUUGGUCGGGAAGAGAGUUUUCAGAAUGGCGUAGGUGUUGUUGAAUCAGAAGAUGACCGCGGCGAAGAUCCCGAACCUGAGACGGAUUUUCUUAAACGAAAGAAGCUUCGAGCCACUACUGGGGAUCUAGCAAAGUUUUUACGGACGGAACAAGAUAAUGGAAGAAACGCUGAUCUGCCGAGUCCUCAUAUGCUUCAUCCAGAUCAAAUGAUGAGUAACACCGCAUCACUUUAUUCUAUGAACACGGACAUAACAGGAGUCACCGGAUUUGGUGUUCCUCUUGGAGAUGCGUUAGACCAUCGCAUUGAAACUUUGCUGAAGGACUGGCAUCAUAGCCCCGAUUUGUUAUAUGCUGUCCACCCUCUGGAUGGUUCAUACCUUGUCUGGUUGGUCGACUGGUUAGAUGAAUACAAUCCUGGCUCCUUCCGACAAGCGCAAGUAUCGUUUAGCUCCAGACUACCGAACGCUGUGCCCCUUGGUGAUGCUUCCACGCUGAGCACCCAUUUGGCAUUAUUCAACCCAUUCCAUGUCUUGGAUUUGCGCAAUUUAUUGCACUUAGAAGGCCCUCAUUCAUUACAAUCUCCUCAGCCACUUGCAUCAACGAAUGCGCCAGAUGAUGAUGCUGACGAGGAGACGCAGUCUGUGAAUCAUGCCUCUAGUAGUUCUGGUCCGGCACAACAGAGUGCUGCUGGCCCGUCAGUAGCUAGCGAAGAAAAACACGAAACUAAUCCAUUUCAUGCGUCGUCAUCGCCAAUUGUGGCGAUGGUAACCAAGCACGCUAACGGAACUCUUAAUCUUUGGCAUUUAGCACUAAGUGAUCAAUCAAAAUUCACACAAGUGUUGUCAGUCAGUCAUAUGACGAGAAUAUCAGGGCACCGGUUCCGAGUAAACAGUAUUUCUUGCCAUCCUGUAUUACCCUUACUGCUGACGACUUCACAUCAUAACGUCAUCAAUAAUCCUAAUGACAGGGAAGUCUUCGCAUGCACUGCACAGAAACAUAGGAGAGCAUCUGGUCAAGCUAAUCAAGGCUAUUGCAGUGAGUUGAUAUUGUGGAAGGUGGAAACAGUUGGUCCCCUAGGAAAAUCUGGUGGAGUCAAGGAAUUGGCUAGGAUAAACUCACCUGAAAUGUCAGCUUUUGCAUCUGUAGCCUGGAUACCAACCGUUUUGCCUAGUUCAUCAUUGGGUGGAUUUUCGAAUUCUGCCAGCGCCUGUUUUGUUGCCUCUGACGGCCUAAGUUUGCGGAUUUAUCAAGCCGUUAUCGAUGCCAGAACACUACUGGCUCAAAUUCUCAUUACUCCAACAUUAGGACCUAACAAUCCUUUCAACACGUCCUUUGAUAAAGAGUCGCCCGCUCGCCAGUUCAUGUUGGGUAAUCGUACACCGGUGCGGAUAGUUUCUGAACAGUCCACUUCACGACCAGGAUGCAUUUUAGAACUAGAUGCUAUGGUAGAAGCGGAUCAUGAUUGGAAGCAGACGCAGUUUCUCCACGUUUUCCAACAACAACUUCUUACUGGCUACAAAUUGACUAACAACAUUGCAACUCCGUCUAACGUUCCAGCUGCAGAUUCCACACACCAAACGGUGCCCGAAGUUGUACCUACUUCACAGAGAAAGAUGCCUCUCUCUCAGAUGCCAUUGACUUCCAGGUUGAGUCUCAUGGAAGUGACCCAGUCAGCCGUAGUAGAUCUACAAGAAUCGCUAGCUUUUAGUGAGCCGUUCUAUGUCGUCGUUGUUGAAAAAGAAAUUGAAUCGGAGCAAAAAUUGAACGAAUCGUUAGAUUUUUUGGAAGUUCCCUCUCAUGCUGAACAUAACGACGGCUCCGAAGGAACCACGGUUGUACAUGUGUGGAAGCUGGUCAUUUCAUCUUGCAACGAAGACCAAAUUGGAUCGGCCAGUCCGCACCAAAAGCGUCCACCUGGUCCUAAUGUCACAAUGAAAACCAUCAAAAUGUGCACGCAACGUCUACCACUUCCCGACGGAGUGGGGAUUAUUCAUGCUGCUCCCGCUGCAGGUCACUUAAGCUCCGCUUCUAUCUACCCUGCUUGUUUUGCUCCGUACGCGAUGGUCACAGCUUGUACGGAUAAUACAGUUAGAUUUUGGAGAUGUAAGUUAGUCACAGAGAACAAAUCGAAGGAUUCGACGGAAGAAUAUCUACGUUGGGAAGAGUGGCAAAUGAUCAGCAAAGAAGGGACUUCAUUACUCUCAAUUCCAGGGAGGCCUUUGUCAGUUUCGGUAGCCUACAGUGGCCGUAUCGCUGUGGCUUAUAAGAACGGAAGAUCUUUUAAAGGGAAAUUUAUUCGAAACAGCAAAAAAUCAGAAGCUGAUACUCGAUAUUUUGACCUAGUCGUCUCAAUCUAUGAGUGCGAAUCAACUGGAGGUUCUGAAUGGGUUCAAGAGGACGUGAUAUACUUGAAGAACAUUCGCUUACCACGCUUGCCAGCUAUCGAUCCAAAUAUUGAUUUGGCUUAUUUGCACGAAGAAGGCGACCAAUGGUUGAAAAAAAGGCAAGUUGGUAUCGAAACGCUGACAAAGAAUUUAUCUCAUAGCGAUCUAGAGAGCCAAGACAAUGACGGGGGCUGUUUUGAACGCAUCCAGCCCAAAAUUCAAGGGCUGUUGUCAGUACCUAGCUACGCAACUAUUCUAACGUUAAAGAAAUCUAUUGAACACCGUGGAAAUGUGUGUCCUCUAACGCAAAAGAAUUUAGUCCAAUUGGAUUGGGUUUCUAAAGAAGAUGGAUCUCACAUCCUUACCGUCGGCGUCGGACAUCGAGUACUCCUGUAUACAUCCGUUUCAAGCCCAGCUGUUAAGGAGCGAUUCAACAAUUCAAAAAUCGUCAAGAAUCCAAAGUUAGCGAGACAAACUUCUCAAACAUCAACUUUUAACCAGGACGAUGUUACUGUCAGGUGGUUACGUUUGCGCUCUCUUGAAUUACGAACUGCUGACGGUUUGCCUCCAUUGCCUAUGCACUUGUCCUGGGUUCGCGAUGGCAUUUUCGUUGUCGGAAUGGACAACGAAAUGCAGAUAUAUUCCCAAUGGAAAGACACGUUGAGUGGAAUAACCACUGAAUCCAAUGGAUUUAUGGCGACCUCUCCUGUUUGUCACCACGAAAACCUUGGAGAAGAGAGCGGUACUGAUUUGGAGAGUGACACUGACGGUAGUGUAGGCUAUGAUGAUGAUGUGGGAGAAGAUCGUGAUGUACUUGAUCGGGAGUUACAUACGUUAGCUAAAGAGGGACGGAUCACUUACGCACCGAGUAUGGCACAAUUGCCUAGGGCUAGUUCAAUGCACGCUUUGGCUGCUGCGCAAGGAUCCAGCCAUACGAAGAAGGUUACUAUAAAAACACCGAAAAAGAAACUGGACGAGAAGGCACAAACAGUUGCAAGCCCCACAGUGUCAUUACUGCAAGAUUGCCUACCUAGCUAUGGACUCUUUGAAGCUAGCCAAAUUGCUUGCCCAGUUUUGCCGCAAUAUCACCCGCAGCAACUCAUGGAGCUCUUGAAUUCUGGCAAAAUCCGCUGGGUCAAAGCUAUUUUGGCUCAUUUGGUGCGAUGUAUUGCAGGUCAUCGUGGAACGGACAGUGAUGAAGAAGAUGACGAAGAUGUCGACGAAUCGGCCAAACACUGGGCUCGAACGCGAACACUUUCCAUCAGUAGUCCGGAUAAUGAGUCGAGAAAGAUCACCGCCGAUCUCCACAUCUCGUCCGUUCCCAAAGAACUGACGUUAGAUUAUACGGAAAUCAGCGCUGUUCCUCCGCUUCCUUUGUGGUUGCUUCUAGCAGCUGACCAAGGAUCAGCAAAUCUAGGAGAUUCUACGGCAUCUGGCGCCGAUUCUUUGUUCCAACCAUCGUUGGAAACACAUGCGGAAGAAGAAGAAGAUUUAGAUACCAUUUUGAGUGAAAGCCCACCAAAGCGGAAAAGUAAACGAAAGAAUGCUAACGGAGAUGCAGGCGCCCAGCAUUUGCAACAGCAAUACUUUCAAUUUGGAACUCGACAAGCUGCGCUUCUGACGAGUGUGUUGACUCAUACUCAACUACCUGGUCUAAGUAGCGUCGACCAGAUGCAUCUGUUAGCUCUGGCAGAUACUUUGGCUUCGUGCAGCGCUACUCAUCUUGUCACGAGCACCAUCCAUAGUGGGGCUUCAAAGAAUCUAGCUAAAAGUGUUCCUACGCACCCAGGAUCAGAGUCAUCCUUGGAUUCUUGCGGGCUUCGCUUCCUGUUGGCUGCGCGCCAUCAUUCGUACCUGCUGCGGUUCUUACCACCUGUUCAGCGCGCUGCUUUAAAGAAACAAGGAAUUAGUAGUUCCUUGCUAACCUGGGCGUUCCACUCGGAAGCGCAGGAUGAACUUUUACAACUUCUUCCCGCUUUUACAAAACCGAAUCCCAUGUGGGCUGAUUAUCGUGAACUAGGAUUCGGAUGGUGGAUGCGAAACAACGCCAGUUUGCGUCGGUGUAUUGAAAAACUGGCUAAAGCAGCAUAUCAGAGCCAAGGCGAUCCAUUGGAUGCAGCCAUUUAUUAUUUGGCAAUGAAGAAGAAAAAUUUGGUCUGGGGUCUUUUCCGGCAGGUGCAGAACGAACGCAUGACGGCAUUCUUCAGCAAUAAUUUUACCGAAGAACGUUGGCGUAAAGCAGCUUUAAAAAAUGCAUAUGCUCUACUCGGCAAACAGCGCUUUGAUCAUGCUGUAGCCUUCUUCCUGUUGGCUGGAUCAUUGAAAGACGCCAUCGAUAUUUGCCUAAGCCGAAUGCAGGAUAUUCAGUUAGCCAUUGUUAUUACUCGGCUGUAUGAAGGUGACAUGGAAUCUGUGCCUCCAGGAUUAAAGAAACUACUUCAAGAUCAUGUCUUGGGUUACAAUGAAAGUAGCGAACCGGUUGCCGCUUCGGCCGGAUCGGAUCCUUUCUUGCGUUCUAUGUCCUAUUGGCUCAUGGCUCAGUACACUGACAGUUUGAGCACCCUUUUAGAGCGACGAGGCGAUAAGGGCGAAUUGACGAAGUCGCAAAACAUUGCAAGUCCAAGUGUUUUCAACUUCUAUAUCUAUCUUCGCAACCAUCCUCUUAUUAUACGGCAGCAGUUAGCUUUAUCGGCCACAGGCCAAUCUACCAACAAGCGAACGCAUUUAGCAGGCGUUGGUGCCAUCAGCGUUGACAAGACCUACCUUCUUCAAGAAUGGAUAACACCUCUUGAAAGGCGACUGUACUUUACCACGGCUCAUGCUCACUUCCUUGCUGGUUGCCCCGCUUUGGCCUUGGAGGUUUUAUCUAAAUUACCGGAUCAUGUCCAACAACCGGAAAGUGAAACAGAUAAAAACUCUGAAGGAGGUGAAGAAAAUGCCCCCGAAGUCAUUCAACAAGUCAUUCAACAGAAAAGUGAAGACAUGGACUGGUCAACACCUCUCGUCAUUGUUAGCCCAAGUGACGAAACCCGAGAAUUUGACUGGGGACAACCUAUCAACGGCAAAUCUGACACUUUAGAACUAAAAUGGAGUGACGAUGAAGCUUCUGAUUCUGAAUGUUCUGACGGCGGUAUCACAAUGAGAGAUAUGAGCGUGGCCGAGGUUGCAGUGACCCCUUCGGAUCCCAAAUUGGAAGCUGAGCCGGAAACGGGAGGUUUAGACAUUAUGGCCCAACAGUUGAAGUUCAUCGCUUGUCUAAAAAUUCUAAUGGGGGAAAUGGCAACGCUUGCCACUGGUUUUGAAGUCGAUGGUGGUCAAUUGAGGCUUCAGCUUUACCUUUGGUUAGAUCGAGAAUUGCAGGCUUUGCAACAACUAUGCAAUUACGCUCCCAUUCCUGUAACUGGUAACGGGAAUGAAGAGGAUGAGCCUAGCUUGUUACCUGCUAUUCCUUCUUCAUACAAACACCCAAUUUCUGCUGACGAACCGGUCACUCUUCACGAGAUUCUCCUUGCAGAAAAAUUGGAUCUUGAAGCUAAAGUGAAGCGAACCAAUCGCAGACGGCGAUGGCUGAAAGCCAAUGAACUGCUUGUAAGGACAUUGCUGAGUUAUUGCAGUGUUCAUGGAUCACAAGGAGGAGGUCUGGCAUCGGUCCGCAUGGAACUUAUUCUUCUACUGCAGGAGUUGCAACAAGAUAGAAGAUUUACCACAGGAGGUUCGGAAUCAGUUGCGAAUUUGAAUCAAUCUCAACUUUCUUCUCCUUUGGCGUAUCCUACAAGUCUUCCGCUUUUAGCCGCCAGUGUCGCGGGAACAGAAAUUAUCACAACUGAUCCUGUUCGUCAUCUAGAGAGCCAAAUUCGAGAUUUACUGCGGGCGAUUAUUGGAUUGAGCUGCGUUCCUGUUCCCGGAAAGAUCAGCUUUGGACAGAUGUGUUUGAUUCGCGAUCUGGCGCUGGCCUUAUCUGCCUGUCUCUACCAAGCCCUUUGCUCUUCUGACGCGUGGAGCCUCCAACAGCAACAACAAGAACAACAGCAGGGCUCUGUUGGACCACUUGCUCGAUUAGCUGUUGUAUUCCGCGCAAUGCAUAAUAUUGGCGUCAGUAAUUACGCCAAGCGAGAAGAACCCCAACUUGAGCCCGGAAGUAGUCCAUCGAAAUGGCCAGGCGUCACUUCUUUGCGCGCUCUGUUGGCUCGUGAAAAAGAUGAAGAUGCGCCCCGAUUAUUGACUUUGUUAUGUGAAGCCUUUGUUGCCGUCUACACUUCGUUGCUGUGUUAUUCAAUGGCGGCUUGCGAUUCACACGUCCUCUACAGGUUGGCCGGGCUGCAACCAACAGAGAGUAUGUGGGGAUCCAUUUAUGGAGGAGGUGCCAAACAGCUAGUCAGGGUCACUACUACCACGACGUCCACGCUGCCUGGCUCACAAGGUCUAGGAACCUCUAGUGAUGGGGGAUCACCCCAGCCGCCUGGAUCCCCAUCUUCAACGAUGGAUGUUGCCAAGCAGCGAGUUCGUUUACAUAUAAAACUCUUACAGCAGAUUGGAACACCAGCUGCUGUCGGAGGUGGAAUGACCGCUGUUUCUUCUAGUGCAUCCAUUUCAAGUUCAGCGUCAAGAAAAUCAUCGCUUCCACAAGGAAACGAGGACAUGCCAACCUACAAGGAAGUUUUCGUUGCCCCUAAACUGUCGCUGGUGGCCUGUCUUAUGAAAAAGCCCACCUUGCCGUCGGAGAGAGUCUCUUAUGAUUACGAUUCUUCUGCAUCUGAUGCGGGUGAUGAAGUCGACGCCGAGGAUGAUGGUGAUAAUGAAUCUGACAACGAUGAUUUCUGGGAGGAAAAGGAUUGCGCCAAAAGAGCAGCUUCCAAGAAGGCUGGUGCUAAUCCAGGUGAUUCGGAGCACAGCAAAGCGGAUUCUAUCAGUUGGCACGCUAUACGUUAUGCUGUCACCCGUUUGUGUAUAGGCCAGAUGGAAGAAUUCUUAAGAGUCGCCGGCGUUGAGCCUACAGAUUUGCCGGUUGUUAGUCCUUUGAGUCAUGCAAUCACACGGACAAUGCAUCAAUGGUGCGCAUGGUUGCAGAGACAGUUGGAUGCGGCAGGGCCAGUUCCGCCAAAUUAUAUACCUGGAUGUGUUGUUGAAAACACAACUUCUGGGCCACCCAUUCUUAAGUAUCGCAGUCUUGUGGAUCCAAAUAAUACCCCAUUCUCAACCAAGGAAGCAAAUGCCCGACCCAUACGUCGUCUUUGGUCUUUCCUUGUGCGACAAGAGAAAGUCCAAGAUAUUUUCAUCCGUCUGGUCUUUGGUAAAAGACAUGCUCCUCACGCUUCUGGAACCAACAACGCCGAUUCCAUUUCUCUCUAUUCUGAUAUUGCUGGUCAGGAUGAAAUGUCCACUGAUACCAUAACGGCUGUAUCGGGUGGUGGUACUGAGCGCUUACAGGAUCCAGUUCGAAUCAUUCAUAAAGAUCAAGACAUUAUCAGCGCGUUUUGCAUCAAUUCUACCAAUGGAGGAAUCCUUGCUUUGGCAAACGGAAAAGAAAUUCAAGAACUGGAUAUUACUCCUUUGCUAGACAUGCAAUCGGCUGUCUUGGAAGAUGAAUGUGAAUUGGAUUUGCUCGGGCUGGAUAGAGAUCCUGAUAGUAAUGCGUCUUCCUUCCUGGUUGUACAAACGCCAGGCGAUCGCCAUUUGUUGAAUCAGUUGAAUGGAGGAAUGUCUGGAUCUGCAAGCACUGCCCACUUUCCUAGUUAUGCCCCAUCAGCAUCGAAUAGUAUGGUUCCACCAGGAGGCCCAACUUUACCCGUGACAGGGCGUGGGACAACACUGCCGAAAGGGUUGACAUUCCCUGGUUCGCAACAUCCGCCAUUUUUUCAGCUGGUGCUGCGGCGAAGCAAACUACUACUAACACCGUUACGGAAACAUAAAGUGGAUGGAGUAAGAAGAAUGACGGCCCAUCCGUUACUUCCUUUGUAUAUCGCCGGCCAAGGGGACGGAUCUGUAGCUAUUUGGGAAUGGGGUCACGUUGGUGUUGUGUGUCAACCUAGGAGCCCUGGAACAUACGCAAAGGUAAAUCGUCUCCGUUUCAACAGCCAAGGAAACAAAUUUGGUGCAGCCGACGGAGAUGGCCACGUCGCCUUAUGGACACUUCGUCUUGGAGGAGGAUCUGCGCCUCAUCGCCCGUUUUUUUCACAUCAAUGUCACAGCAAGGGGACAUCAGAUUUUGUGUUUCUGGGGUCAUCGAGUAUUUUGGCCACAACCGGUCACAGUUCAGAGUCCCGCAACGUCGUUUUAUGGGACACCCUAAUGCCCCAACGCAAAGCAAUUAUUCACUCAUUUGUAUGUCACGAAAACGGAGGCACCAGUUUGCUCUAUGCGUCUCAGCAUCAGCUCCUGAUAUCGGCUGGCCGCAAAGGAAUCGUCUGCUUAUGGGAUUUGAGACAACGAACACUUCGUCACAAGUUCACUGCGCAUGAUUCUUCUGUUGCGAUCAAAUGCAUGGCGUUAGAUCCCAAUGAAGAAUUCUUUGCCACUGGAUCUGCUGACGGUGAUAUCAAGGUCUGGAGCCUUGCUACACAACAUUUACUUUACGCGUUUCCUGCUGAACAUUCACGAUCAUCCUUUUUCCGUUCCAUGGGGCAAGGAAAUGGCGUAAAUCAAAUUCAUCUGGACACGUCAGGACGACUCUUUUCUUGUGGCUCUGAUGGUUCAAUGAAGCUUCGUCAAUUACCCUAUGUGGGGAGUAGAGAAACCGCUGUCUCAACUCUUUACUAGAAAAACAAAUGUUUAAUGGGGGCAGUUGCGGGUAAUGGCUAAACGUUUAGUUAAAUUUUUUAAAUAUUUCGAUUUACUCGAAUCCCUUGAAUAUUUUAUGGAUGUCGUUGAUACAUGUCAUUUAUCUGGCUGUUCAGAUUACUUAUAGAAUUGGAUUGCGUUGUGCUAGUCACGUUUAGUAUGCUAUUACCUGUCAACCAUUCCACUCUUCAGCGUCGUCGCUCGAUGUUUCCAAACCUUUACCUUCCUUAAAACCAUCACCACACCACCACACACUUUACUAACAACAUUCUGAACGGCUGGUAAUAUGUCAUUCCUCCUAUUUUGUAUGUCGCUAGCACGUUUGGUCGAGCAAGUGGAAUACAAAUGCGUUACGUGUGUGCUGAUGUA